GAAGGGGAAAGAGCCAUGACCAAAGAUAAUAAAUAUCUUGGGAAAUUUGAAUUGACUGGUAUUCCGCCUGCUCCCAGAGGAGUCCCUCAGAUCGAAGUGACCUUUGACAUUGAUGCCAACGGCAUUCUCAAUGUGUCUGCAGUGGACAAAAGCACCGGAAAGGAGAACAAGAUCACCAUCACUAAUGACAAAGGUCGACUGAGCAAGGAAGACAUUGAGCGCAUGGUGCAAGAAGCAGAACAGUUCAGAUCUGAAGAUGAAGCCCAGAGAGACAAGAUCACUGCCAAAAAUUCUCUUGAGUCUCUGGCCUUCAACAUGAAGAGCACAGUGGAGGACGAGAAGCUCCAAGAAAAGAUCAGUCCUGAGGACAAAAAGACCAUCACAGAUAAGUGUAACGAAGUAAUCGCCUGGCUGGACAGGAACCAGACAGCUGAGAAGGAAGAGUAUGAGCACCAACAGAAAGAGCUGGAGAAAAUUUGCAACCCAAUAAUCUCUAAGCUGUACCAGGGGGAAUGCCAGGAGGAAUGCCAGGAGGAAUCAUUACUCUUAGUGUAA